UUUUUUUUUUUUUUUUUUUUUUUUUUUUUUCUAACGAUUUCUGCUCGUCUCCCCAAUCCUUCAAUUUUUGAUGGAAACAAUCGAAGAAGCGAAGAUCAUUUCCAAAACUUUUGAGAAGCUUAAUUUGAAUCAGAAAUUUAGUUCCAAGCCUACUUCUUCUGAUCCUUUUGCUGAAUCUUUAUCUCUCGAUUCGAGUCACAAAUCCAGUUUCAAGGCUACUACUUCUCAAUCCUCUGGAACAGGAUUGCUCUUUGAGAGGAAGAAAACUCCGAGUUUAGUCAGUUUGUGCGUUGGACUUAUUGGCAAGCAUUUGGAGGAUAUAAUUUCUGACUUGGAUGAGAUUAGUGCCAGCUUUCCAUCAGAUGUGAAGCAAUCAAUAACGGCAAUUGCCCGAAGAAGGAAAUUACUGGAUGAUGAUGUUGUCAUCUCCUUAGCAGAUAGUUCGUGGGAAACACUCGAUGUCUCUGGUUCAGAUGUUUCUGAUUUUGGAUUAACAAAAGUUGCGAAGACGUGUAAAUUUCUUAGAGCUGUGGAUAUAAGUCGAUGCAACAAGAUUACGGCUGCUGGUGUUUCUGAGCUCGUCCAGCAUUGUUGCUCUUUGGAGACACUUCGUUGCGGAGGGUGCCCGAGGAGUGACGAUACGGCGCGAAGGUGCUUGGAUAUAUUUAAACCAAGACUGGAUGAUAUAGAAGGAGAUUCAUGGGAGGAUCUUGAUACAGCUGAAAUUGCUAAUGGGGCACAAUCACUAAGAUGGUUGGUCUGGCCAAAAAUAGACGAAAAUUCCUUGGAGAUGUUCUCCACAGAAUGCCCACGCAUCACAGUGAAUCCGAAGCCAUCACCAUUUGCUUUCAGAGGGAGGCGAGUUCCAAGGGAAGCAUUGCCAAAUAUCGCGUUGGAUGAACACGCCAUUGUCGAUAUCGAUCCCAAAACAUGGGCAGUGGCUAGAUCCACGUCGAGGGCUCCAGUUCCUCCAUUGAAUUCCUCAGAAUUGUCUUUGGCUGAAAAAUUCAGGCUUGCAUUCCUGGAAAGGGACACUCGCUUAGCUCCUAAACGAGCUAAAAAUGCGAGGCAACAUCAAAGACGUGCGGAGAGGGAGUGGAUGACAACGAGUACAAGAGCCAAGGCACUGGCCUUGGCCUCUAAAGCAAGUAAAACUUUGCAGAGUCACACAUAGCUACUACUGUUUUUCUUUACGUUUUCAUUAUUCAGAACAUACAAUGUCUUACUUAUAUAAGAUUGUGAGAUAAAAUCCUAUGUACAAUACAGUUUUUCAAGACUGAUAAAGAUUCAUCUAGCUUGCCUAUGCUCGAGAAUGGCGUUUGCGUGUAUAUCGUUUGAGAUAGGGAACAAGGUAUGAGCUUUACCUUGAAAACGAGUAAGUCUGUGGCCUGGUUUUGCUACGAAGAUGAGCCAAAUGAAAACGAGUUUCACAUUG